GAACGUCAUAUCUUGUCGCCCGAGUUAAUCGGUUUCCUUAGUAGUGUAUAAAUUGUUCUCUUUUCAGCAUGGGUCCGAUUGAGCUUCUCCACAUGUCCGUCUUCUCUCAGAGUUUCUCUCCCUGUGGCCGCUUCCUGGCAGCCGGCAACAACUAUGGAGAGAUAGCACUUUUCAGCCUCUCUUCGGCGCUCAGCCCUGAAGCAAACGCACUCAGCCAAAAACCAGUCCUAACCUUCACAGCACACGAGGGGCCCGUCUUCUCAAUUCUCUCCACAGAGACUCACCUCAUCAGCGCUGGCAACGGAGAGAUCAGUGGCUGGAGUUGGGCUGAACUUAUAAAAAAGAAUGCAAAAGCUGCGUGGACGCGAAGACCUAAUUACAAAUCCAGCCUGGAGAUCCCAGAGAUAAAUUCCGUAGUUCUCAACUCCAGAGACAACAGCCUAGUAGCUGGUGGAGGAGACAACAACAUCCACAUCAUGGAUCUGGAACAUGGUGUUUUUAAGUCUGUUUUACAGGGACACACAGACUACAUCCACUGUUUGAGUGUGAGGGAGAGGGAGGCAGAGAUACUAUCAGGCGGGGAGGAUGGCGCUGUGAGGAUCUGGGACUGUAGGACUGGCCAAUCUGUUCACUGCAUUGAGGUUUACAAAUAUGAGAGCUGUGCCCGUCCCCAGUAUGGCAAAUGGAUCAGCUGCCUUACCACUGACUCUGACUGGAUGCUAUGUGGAGGCGGUCCAUCCUUAUCUCUGUGGCAUCUUCGUUCCAUGUCCCCCACCUCUGUCUUCCCGCUGUCAGGCUGCCAACGACAAGCGACAUUCUACCAAGACAUGAUCCUUUCAGUUGGUGAGGGCCAGUGCGUGUCCCACUGUCUUCUUGGUGGGGAGGUCAAAGCCCAGAUCCCCUGCACACCCCACUCCCUUAAUACACUGGCAUUCAACACCAACAGUACUGAGCACAGGGUGCUGACAGUUGGAGGCAGCAGUGAUCAUAUAGAUGUAUUCACCAACCUGUCUUACAGAGCAUUUUCUCUGUCCUUCUAAACAAAGACACACGCACGCACCAGCUGACUGAUUUUUAAAAUACCUGAUGAAAUUGAUUUGAUAGUUUUACAGAAACUUGUAGGAGAAUAAACGAUGUCCUUGUUAGUGUAAUUUUCGAAGUUAUUAUACGUUGUUUUUGCAGCUGUAAGAGCAGUUAUUCUGGGUUCCAUCCAUCCAUCCAUUAUCCAAACUCCUUAUCCUGCUCUCAGGGUCACGGGGAUCCUGGAGUUUAUCCCAGCAGUCAUUGGGCAGCAGGCAAGGAGACACCCUGGACAGGCCGCAAGGCCAUCACACAGAGCUCACACACACACACGCAUUCAUACCUAGGGGCAAUUUUAGUAAUGCCAAUUCACCUGAUGUACAUGUCUUUGGACUGUGGGAGGGAACCCACGCAGACAUGGGGAAAACAUGCAAACUCCACACAGAGGAUGACCCCCAAGGUUGGACUACCCUGGACCCCAAGGUUGGGCUACCCAGGACCUUCUUGCUGUGCCACCGUGCCACCCUAUUCUGGGUUCCAAUAUGAUGUUUUUUCAUGACAAUAAAAUAUUCUU